AAAGUGUCUAUAAAUGAUCACAUUACUACAGGACUUGUGUGACACAGUGAUGUAAAGUUCCCGAAUACACAACAGGCAAACGUUCAGGGAUUUUCUGCAAGAAGCUUAACUUAUAUCCAUCAAUAAUUUAUUUAUCUACAACGAUUAGAAACUGUCAUGCGCGAGAAAAUUAAGCAUUGUUUUUCCGCUGCUUGUGAGGACAGAUUCGUAUACCAUCAGUAUCAAGAGGAUGCAAAGAAAGCCAAACUUAGAAACAAACAAAUAAGCAAAAUUCUGAAACAACAAAAGAAGGAGGAGUUAAAGAAACUGAAAAUCCUGCUACUUGGGACUGGUGAAUCUGGAAAAAGUACUUUAACAAAGCAAAUGAGAAUAAUUCAUAUCAAUGGUUUCGAUAUGAGAGAGAGGCUAGACAAAGUAUGUGAUAUUAGAAAGAACAUCAAAGAAUCAAUCGUGGUCAUACUUUUGGCCAUGAAUCAGCUUGGGAUCCCUCUACAGACGGAGAACAACCACACAAGCAGGGAGUUCAUCCUUCACGAAGCUGGGAAUCCUGAAAUUCACAGAACAAACGAGUUUCUAGAGCAUGCUGAAAAGCUUUGGUCCGACCCUGGAGUACAGGAAUGUUACAGUAGAUCCCACGAGUUCCAACUGAUAGACUGUGCGAAAUAUUUCUUGGACAAGAUUCAUGAAAUAAAAAGUCCAGCCUAUGUUCCUUCUGACCAAGACAUUUUAAGGUGCCGUUGUGUGACCACUGCAAUUCAACAUAUUGAAUUUGGUGUUCCUGAUGGAGGUAAUAAGGUCAAAUUCAGCGUUUUUGAUGUUGGGGGACAACAAGGAGAAAGAAAGAAGUGGAUCCAAGUGUUUGACAGUGUGACGGCCAUUCUUUUCGUUGUGGACUGCAGCAGUUUCGACCAAACACUUCGUGAAGAUCCAACAAAGAACAGACUUCUGGAAGCCUUAGAGAACUUUGACCAAGUCUGGAACAAUCGAUUUCUUCGUUAUGUGUCAGUCCUUCUUUUCAUCAACAAAAUUGACGUCUUAGCAGAAAAGAUUGCCAGGGGACGUGAUAUCUCAGAGCUUACUAAGAAGUACCCGGGCGUAUUCCCAGAUUUUGAGACAUUCACACCCACAGAUGCAGAUAAACUUCACUUCCUUGAUGCUUUUGCAUCUCCUGCACCAGACAGUAGAAGAAAAUCUCGACCGACUAUACGCACCAACGUUGACCCCCUCACCGUUAAAACAGCCAUUUACAUCAAGUACCUAUUUAUGAAAAUUGUGCGGGGAGAGUUACAUCUGAGAGAAAGAAUCACGAAGCAGGAUAAACACUGGCACGAUGAGCAUGGGUGUGAAUAUUUCUAUACCUGUGCAAUAGACACUGCUAACGUUGAAAGAGUCAUGUACGGUUGUCGAACUCUUAUCGUGCAAAAUCAUCUAAGGCGGUAUGGCAUCAUUUAAAGAGAAACCGUGGGUAUUUUCAAAAUGUUAUUAUUCUGACUGGAAGUGAUAUCCAGACAGAUCAAUAUGAUAAUCAGCGGAUAUAUAUUCCUUUAGAUACAGGAGAGAGCCAUUUUUCUAUACAUCUAGUCAACUGCAUAAUGCUAUUCUCUGUCUUUCUCACACGGAUUCAUGUGCAUGUUAUAUUUUUGUAAGAGUUUAUUUAUGCUUGUGUAGAGUUCUUGUUUGAAUAAAAUGUAAAAAAAUACC